AUGGAGAACGCGACUGUUUGUGACGAUGGGAGCUUCGGCCCGGCCAUCAACGGCGGCUGCCGAGGCAACUUUGACUUCACCCUGCUGUUUGAGCAGAGCUUCCUCUCGAUAACGCCAUCCUCCCUCUUUCUUCUGCUAUCGGCUGCGCGCCUCAGUCUUCUGCUGUCCAGGAGAAGAAGACAGGUCUCGGGGACUCGGUUCCAGCUCGCAAAGCUGGCCGCCGUUGCUUGCUACGGCGCUGUCCAGGCAGCCCUCUUGGUCCUCUGGGCCCGAACCGGAGUCUAUGGCACCCGCACGAGCCUCGCCGCUGCCGUGCUGUCUUUUGUUGAUGUCUUCGCCCUCGCCACUCUCUCCUGGGUUGAACAUGGCUACUCGCCACGCCCCUCGGCUCUCAUCAACAUCUACCUCUUGCUUUCCGUCCUGUUUGAUGCCGUGCAAGCCCGCACCCUGUGGCUCAAGAACUCGGGUACCGCCCUCCCCGUUCUCUUCACAACGUCGCUCGCCGUAAAGAUAGGCCUUCUUGUCCUCGAGAGCCUUGAAAAGGACAGGUUCUUGUCUCCUCUAUGGCGUCAUCGGAGUCCGGAGGACAAGAGCGGAGUCUUCAGCCGGGGCUUUCUCCUGUGGCUCCGUCGUAUCCUAGUGCAGGGCCGCAAACGCAUCCUUUACCCCCAGGAUCUCUAUGCUCUCGCUUCCGGCCUCGAGACUCGACGUCUAUCUGGCGUCUUCUGGACGGCUUGGUCCGCGAGGUCUGCCGGCGCCUCGUCGCGAAGCAUUGCCCUGGCCCUCGUGCAGACUCUCAAGUGGUCCCUUUUGGCCCCCGUGGCACCGCGUCUUGCCCAAGGGGCCUUCACCAUCUGCCAGCCUCUCCUGUUGCGCGAGUUUCUCCGCUAUCUUCAAGGCGAGGACAGUUUUGCCGGCAGCACCGGCUAUGGCUUCAUCGGCGCAUACGGCCUGGUCUACUGCGGCCUGGCCAUCUCGACCUGUGUCUACUGGCGCUUGACCUACAAGUGUCUCGUCAAGAUGCGCGGCUGUCUUGUGGCAGCCAUCUACAGAAAGACGACGGAUGUUGACCCUGCCCGCUACGACAUGACGGCGCCCGUUGCUCUCAUGAGCACCGACAUGGAGCGCAUUCUCCAAGGCUGCAAAGACUUCCACGAGAUCUGGGCAAACGCCCUGCAGGUGGCCAUCUCCGUCUGGCUGCUCUACAGAGACCUGGGCAUCGCUUGCGUGGCGCCCGCUGUUGUGGCCGUUCUCGCCAGCUUCGGCUCAUUAUUGAUGAGCUCCUACGCUGACAAUGCCCAGAGGAAAUGGAUGGAAGCGACCCAGGCGCGAGUUGGUGCAACGGUCAAGGCGAUAGCCGCCAUCAAAAUCGCGAGGCUCCUUGGGCUCUCCGGCAGCAUAGACGCGAUGCUCAGGGGGUUGAGAGCAGCCGAGCUCCACGCCGCCAGAUACUUCCGAUACAUCGAGGUGCUCACUGCGACUCUCUCGUUUGCACCGCUUCUGUUGUCCCCGGUGUUUACCUUCAUGAUCUUUGUGAUACAAGGGCGAGGCAACGGGGCGAAUCUGGACACAACUAAGAUAUUUACGUCGCUUUCUCUGCUUCAGCUCAUGACUCAACCGCUCGUCUGGCUUUUCCAAGCCAUACCGCUCUUCGUCGCCUCUCUGGGGUGCCUUGGCCGCAUUGGCAAGUACCUCGAUGCUCAGCCCAAGACGGAAAAUCGCAUAUUGGGACUUGACGGAUACGGCGAUGCCAUCGCAAUUCGCAACGGAGAGUUUGGUUGGACAAGCGCCAGCCCCGUGCUGCGGGAUGUCAACGUUGAUAUUCCUGCCUCGAGACUGACCAUGGUUGUCGGACCAGUGGCCAGCGGCAAGAGCUCUUUCAGCAAGGCCAUCAUUGGUGAACUCCCAUUCUGUAAGGGUCAGGUCCGACUCAGGGUUCCGCGCCCUGAGAUAGCGUACUGCGACCAGAACCCGUUUCUCGUGAACGGAACGCUACAACAAAACAUAGUCGGCUUCUCAGAUUUCGAAAGCGGCUGGUACGACACAGUCGUGCGGGCAGUCGACCUCACCAAAGAUAUAUCGUCGCUGUCGGAGGGAAACGAUACCCGGAUAGGCAGCAAGGGGGUCAUUUUAAGCGGAGGUCAACGGCAACGGGUCGCCAUAGCCCGGGCCAUCUACGCCCGGACACCCCUGGUCGUGUUUGACGAUGUGUUAAGCGGGUUGGACGCGGUUACCAAGGAACACGUGUUUGAGCACGUCUUCGGCCCUCGGGGAUUGCUUCGAAAGGGGGGAUGCACGGUUGUACUCUCCACCCACGACGUCGACCUUCUACCGGAAGCCGACCAUGUCAUUGCCCUGGGGAAGGACGGACGGGUAGCUGACAGUGGAACCUUUGGCCAUCUGAGCCAAGCUUCCGAGUACAUCAAAUCGCUGGCUGUUCGUGAGAGACAGGCUGCUGACCUUCACGGGGCUCAAGAAGCCAGUGAUGUGUCUGCCGGUCUGCCCUUGGGAACCGAAGCGACUGGAGCAGAGGCUCCGGAGGACAUGACGCGGCGCCUAGGCGAUGCCUCCAUCUACAAAUACCUGUACAACCAUAUUGGACUCUGGCGAUUCUGGGCCGCGGCAAACGCCACGGGGCAGAGCCGCGACGGCUACUACAUGGGCGUGUAUGCAGCCUUUCAGAGCCUCGCGCUGGUGUUUCUUGCCCUCUUCGCUGGCCAUACUUUGACCUCGAUGGCCGUCAGGGUCGGCGCAUCACUGCACCAAGUUCUGCUCAGGACGGUCAUGGCAGCACCGGUGUCAUUCUUCAGCUCUGUUGACGUGGGCAUCACGACGAACCGCUUCUCGCAGGACGUCAUCCUCAUCGACGGAGAUCUCCCGAUGGCCCUCCUCGAAACCGUUUCGGCCGGUCUCGUUGCGCUGGCACAGUCCGUUCUCAUUGCCAUUGCGGCGCCGUACGUGGCUAUCGCCUACCCCUUUCUGGCCGUGAUGCUGUACGGCGUGCAGAGCUUCUAUCUGCGCACCUCUCGGCAGCUCAGGUUUCUUGACCUCGAGGCAAAGAGUCCGCUGUACACGCACUUUCUGGAGACUUUGCAAGGCCUCGCCACCAUUCGCUCGUUUGGAUGGUCGGGCGAGAGCAACGAGCUGAACCACGAGCUGGUGGACGCGUCGCAAAGGCCACUCUAUCUCCUCUACAUGGUGCAAAGAUGGCUGCAGUUGGUUCUGGAGCUUUUGAUUGCCGCCACCGCCGUCAUUCUAAUCGCGGUGGCCGUCAAGCUGCAGUCUACGUCGGCAGGGUUCAUCGGCGUGGCAUUGGUGAACCUCAUGUCCAUCAGCCAGGAACUCAAGAUGAUUGUCAUUCACUGGACAAACCUGGAGACGUCGCUCAGUGCGCUUGCGCGAACCAAGUCGUUUGAGGAAAAGACGCCAUCGGAGAACAAGGCAGGCGAGUCGAAUACACCACAGCCGCCGUGGCCUCAAACGGGCCAUUUGCGCCUGGAUUCCAUCUCGGCCCGCUACGACAUGUCUGAGAAGGGAGGCUUCGCGCUGCGUGACGUCUCCAUAGACAUCCCCGGAGGCCAAAAGGUUGCCAUUUGCGGGAGAAGUGGAAGCGGGAAGAGCUCUCUCGUCAUGGCUCUUGCACGGAUGAUAGACUUGACUUGCGGCUCCAUCACCGUCGACGGCGUGGACCUCAGCACAGUGCCUCGCUCCGUGGUUCGAUCUGCGCUCAACAUCAUCCCCCAGGAGCCCUACUUCUUCCACCGGACCUUGGCGCAGAACCUCGACUCGUCGGGCUCGGCCUCGGCCGCAGCCAUGCGCUCCGCUCUUGAGAAGGUGCAGCUGUGGGACGUGGUGGAAUCUGCCGGCGGCCUUGACAGCGAGCUAGACGUUGAGACUCUCAGCCAGGGCCAGAGGCAACUUCUGGCGCUGGCCCGUGCGGUACUGAGGCCGGGGAGGAUUGUUGUGCUGGAUGAGGCAACGAGCAACAGCAGUGUGGACAAGCAUGUGGCAGAAGUCAUGCAGCGAAUCAUCCGGGAGGAGUUCAAGGGCCGGACCGUCAUCGCAGUGGCGCACCAGCUGAGCACGAUUAUCGACUUGGACCACAUCAUGGUCAUGGACGCGGGCCAGCUCGUCGAGAGCGCGUCGCCCGCCGAGCUACUGUCUCGCGACUCCAUCUUCAAGCGGCUGUGUGACAUGCAGGGGGUUCGAAUCCAUUAA